AUGUGGGGCAUGAAGGCUUCUGAGACGCCGGGAAGUGGCCGUAUUGUCAAGGUGGGAAUUAUAGGAUGCGGCUUGGUUACGCAGACCAUUCAUGUGCCCUGUAUGAACUCGUUAUCCCACCUUUUCCAUGUCACAUACCUCUACGAUGUCUCUGAGGAUGCUACGAAACACAGUCUGGAGAAGCUCGCUGGCAACUCGAAACCCAAGACCACCAGAAACGUCGAGGAACUAUGCAAUGCGCCCGAAGUCGACCUGGUACUGAUAGCAAGCAAUCAUGCCUUCCAUGCGUCCCAGGCAUUACUUGCGCUGCAGGCCAACAAGCACGUCUUCAUCGAGAAGCCAAUUGCCUUGACCUUGCAAGAUACGGACCGCAUCAUCGCUGCGGACAAGGCCGCAGGCGGUGGGAAAACCAUGAUCGGCUACAUGAGGAGGUAUGCCGCGGCAUUUGUCGACGCGGUGAAGGAGGUCGGGACCAUUGAACAAGUACGUUACGCUCGCGUCCGGGACAUCAUCGGGCCUAACUCCAUCUUCGUGGGACAAUCUGGCACAUUCCCAAGGACCUUCACAGACUACCGCGACGAAGACUCCGAAGCGCUGCGUAGGAAGACGGCCGAGGACAUACGGCAAGCUCUUCAGACCGAGCUUGGGGUUGCCAUCACGCCGCAGACGGAUUUCAUGUGGCACACGCUUUCGAUGCUCGGCUCACACGACCUGAGCGCCAUGCGGGAGAUCUUGGGCAUGCCAAAGGGUGUCGUAGGGUUCUCCCCAUGUGCGACUACUGGCUCGCCGUUCUGGAGUGCGAUAUUCCAAUACCCGAACUUCGCCGUCGCAUACGAGUCCGGUGUCGAUCAGGUGGCCCGGUUCGACGCGUCGAUAGAGGUCUUUGGCGACACAAAGACCGUCAAGGUGUGCAUAGAUACCCCGUUCGUCAGAGGCCUGCCGACGACGAUGGUCGUCAAGGAGACCCUGCCGGACGGAUCGUAUCGGGAGUCCACCACCCGGCGGACAUAUGAAGACCCUUUCAUGCUCGAGCUGCAGGAGAUGUACAAAUGGGUCACGGAGGGAAAGGUCCCCAAGACAACCCCGGCUGAUGCUCGACAUGAUCUCGAGAUCUUGGGAAUGCUUAUGAAAGCUAUUGCAGUAUGA